CGAGGAUUCAUAUAAGUUACUUGACCUCCCACCCUCAUUACUAAAGAGUGAAGAUCGCCAUCAACUCAAGCGCUUGAAAAAUCAACCAAUAGGAAUCCUAACAGAGACGUGGCGCGACCUCCAACUGGCAGCCUAGUGUUAUAUGUUGAAUUGUCGUAAUUUACACGUAUGGUACUGCUGACUGCUGUCUACUGUUUCCAUUAGAAAAUCUCAUUUUCUCCUUGUUCUUCAUUCCAGCUUUCUUUGUUCACUCUGCUUUCCCCGGUCCCCCAACAUCUAAAGUUUCGUCAGGCUAGGCCGAUACAGAAUGUCUUUUCAGAAAUCUUGGCGAUUGCCACGCUCGAUCAAAUAUUUCCGCUCUCCGUUAGCUGUCGACGAUAGUAGAGUUUCUAAAACCAUUCUCAAACAGUUAAAUUUUAAACCAGUUAUUAAAAUGUCGUUUCGUUUUAAUCCAUUACUACAGAAAACAGAGUCUAUUAGACAACUUUGUAGCAUACUCAGUGAACCGAGGUGGCGAGCAUCCAAUACUAAUAUGCUAGUAAAGAUCAAUGUACUCUCAGACAGUAACCCUCCUGAAGUUGAAAUUUCAUAUGAUAAUGGCCAUAUCCUUAUCUUGAAGACAGAAAAUUUAAGCCUUCGAGAGACAGUAGAAAUCAUUAUUGCACAUACGGGGAUCAUUAUGGCAGAAUAGUUAACCGUUAACGUUUAGUAAUAUAUAUUUAUUCAUUUAACAUACAGUCUUUCUAGUUUCAUACUUUUUCACUCCACAUAUGUAAAGAGAAAUGCAAUUCCUUUAACUAUAAGAUUUUGAGUUAUGUUUUCUCCAGAGUAAUGUUUUAGUCUUAUCACUAUUCAACUGUGUUUUUAUUUCGCUUCUUAGCUUAGUGUUAAAUAGAAAAUAUUGACAUGGACUUUAGUAAGAAAUAGGUUCUUGUCCGCCAAUUUAGUCUAAACUCGAUCUUCAUUACUUAUUUCUAGAUUUUGCUGCUUGAACGCUUAGUUUUGAAGACUGCUUAUCUAAUUGUUUGAUAGUGGAGUACAUACUUCUUCUUGUUAAACUCGGCAUAAAAACUACUUUACAAACUUUCGACAGAUUCUUGGGCUCCUCAUGGGUAGUUUUAUGAGGAAUUAAUAUCUAGGCUUUCAAUAUAUAUAUAUAUAUGAAAGGCCAAAAUAAUAUUAGCUCUUUGUAAAAACAAUCUAAUAGUUAUAUGUCAGUUAAUUAGCAAUCCUCGGUUUUUAUACUCUUAGUAUUAAAUUCACAAUACUCUAGAUAACCGGAUCUCAUUCUACAUUAUCGAUAUGUUACUUCAAUGUUAUUUAUGCUUUAGUAUUUCAUUUAUGGUUUUAUCUAGUUUAUGAAAUUAAAUAACUUUAAACAUAACACAAGUCAAAGUUUUGUAACUAGAUGCAGGGUUAUUUAUUAGCCCUAAACACCAUUUGAUACACAGCCAGUUACGGUAGUGAAAUUGUAUCGAUUCUCUAAGUUUAAAUCUUGAGUUAAGCAUCAUUCCUAAUUUUUCAUAUCUUGAUAUCAUUUGUUCCUGCUGAGUCGUACUUUUAAACUACGAUUCUUUUUGUAUUAUUACUAUUCUUAGGCCGUCAAGUAGUAUACGGUUCUGAAUAAUUUAUUCUUCUUUCUUUCCAAUUUCGUGUUUGGCAAUAGUGGUAAAAAGAAUGUAGAGGAAUCUAGACUAACUGCAUGGUCACUAAAUAUUUUAGGUACUGAAUGACAUUGACUAAGGAAAAUAAACUAGUGAUUGGUCCAUAUUACGAAAACUCUUUUGGUCCAUGGUUUCUUUGGUACGAUGCAGUUGGUGCAUGUGUAAGUCGGUCUGAGAAACCACAUCUGUCAGGAUAGUAAGAUGUAAAAAAAUCAUCUGAUGUCAUUCAUUUUAAUAUUUAUGGUUCUUUUAGCUUCAUAGACAAAUAAUAAGAUAACUUGAAAUAUUUUCUAAGUGCGUCGUUCCUUCAAUGCACUCAGUUCUAUUCCUUGUUUUUGGACCCCAUAGUUCUAUGUUCUUCAUAACAUCUUUCAUUUCGUCAUAUGUAGUACCAUAUAAGUUUGUAAUGCAGUUUUUCUUGGCAAAUAAAAUGAUGGUAUUUGCGCACAUUACGAAGUAAUUUAUGGUCGGCUUCAAUUUCCGAUACCAGUUGCCUAGAUGCAAGUAUCGUUCAGAUGAAAUGUGUUAUUUUCAACUUAGUCUAUUUCUCUGUAUCUUUAAUCUCAGUUAUUUUGUGCCUACAGAAGCACUGUUAUACUUCGUAUUCUGGCUAACAAAACUAUUUCACUUAAUAUCAUUUUGUCACUGUUACUCGUUUAGAGAUAAAGUUUCUGUUUGACGUCUGAGCUAUAGAUCUCCCGCCAGAAGAUUCACUUAUUGACUUUGAAUAGGCGAAUGAUAAUCCGGUCUUGAUAGUACCCGGCAUGGGGCAUUCUUUCAAACGCCUUGAUCAGCUAAGCAAACAUGAUUAAAAUGCGUUUUGCUCUUUUUAAAUGCAGUGUCUCUGUAGGAUUGGUAUGGGUCAUCGCACAGAACUGAUCUUAUAGAAAAAGGUAAUUGAGCGUGUUGACCACUUCACUUAUCGAAUGAUGAUGCACCGAAGCUUCAUCUGCUGAGGUGGUUUUGACUGCAGUCACCACCUGCCCUCGAUUUGCAAUGUUGGCUGAAUGGAAGAAACGAAUCUCUAAUGCUUGUUCACUUUACACUGGGAAUUUUCACUCAUUAGUUAUUUCAAUUGAUGCUUUUAUUCGAAUGUAAUGCUUUAUUCUCUCUUAAACUUAUUAAAUCUAAAUUAUAUCCGCUAUGUGCACAAUAAGAAUUUACCGCCUUGUAAUUUGAUACGAACCAUAUCUUAUGUGAAACUUGGCUGUCCUAUUAGUAUUUUUCAAACGGUCAAAUCAGUAAUUCAAUCAUCUACAACGUAGGACCAGGCAUAUAUAUAUAUCCAAGUUACCUUACCUCAUUAGCACAACAAGAUGAACACCAAAUUCAUAGGAACAGUCACUUCACUGGUAGUAAUAUAUGAAAAAAAUUGCAUAUAAGGAUAUGAUACAGGAAGGAAGAAUUGGUUCGUAGAAAGAAAGGCAUAAAGUAAUUUUAAUCCCGUUGUGGGCUCGAGGAUCCUAAGAAAACAAUUGGCGUAUAAACCUAUUGUUGACCACCGGCUACCAUGGGACUGCGUCUCCUUUCAUUGCUCCACUGCCUUGUGGACUAGUCCUUUAGGUCGAAGGCUCGGGGCAUGACCCCUUAGGAUAACUACCUGCUUCGGUUCGGGAACCCGGGCACUAUCCCAGCCCUUAAGCAUAUCGGAUGAUUUAUGUUGCUCAUACAUAUUUGGUGCCCUCUUGUACCAAUGUUCAUGUGUUUAAAUACUGUUAUUAGUGGGAAUGAAUACCAUUUAACAUGGUAGUUGUCUCUUAGCAACAACUGUUAGUUCCCCACAUUGGUACGUAUACCAACCAAGAAUGUACAUAAACUAAUGUGUAAUAAUAUUUGCAUCUGUCUUGCAAAUAAUCGGCCGGACAUCAACCACAUAAUAUCUAGUGGAUGUCUUGGAUCAGUCCAAGCUGCGGCAUAACUGACAUCGGCAUAGCGAAAUGGGCAAACUAGUACCGGUAGUCAGAGAGAUGUAGUAAAAGUGGUUCGAAGGACUUGGAUAAAAAGUAUGGUAUAAAAUUAAAAUCUGUAGGAAGGUAAAGAAUGAGUCCAUAUAUACUACCUAUGCUAUUGUGAAACACUUUCGAAGUGGUGACUUAGUGACUAAGACGCUUAACUUAACCAUUACAUCGCAGAUUCAAGGCCCACUCUAGCUACUUUGGUUUAGACGACCAUGUAGUAUCAUUAACCCUUACACUUAGUGUGACUCGAAGCCAAGUACAUGAUUAUGUACCCGAUAGGUAAGUAGCUUCCGUAUAUGCAAAGACUACAACUGGUUGUCAGGUAUAUCACUUAGUUUUCAACACUUCCUAAUUCUGGGUAAUUCGUAGUGUUCUGUAAAUUCUAACCUUAUAGAUUAUUUUGAAGUUGAUGCGACUGAUGUCACUGUAAAAUUCCAGGGAAAGUCUCAAUAAUGAUAGUUUAAAUAUUAAAGUUUCGUCAAAAUAACCAUAUAUAUAGUUAGUUAUUGAAUCAAAUACUUUGUGUAUAUGUUAUAUAUUAACGUAGUUCAUUAUACUUAUCAUAAUAAAAUUGUUCAGCAAAG